AUGGCAACCAACAAUCCUCUCGUUUCACGCCCUCUCCAAAUCGCGGGUAUCAUCUCGCUACUCACUGCAGUCGGCCACACGGUGUAGGUCCACCGGUCCCCACAUUUCUACUUGCCGAUCCGAUGCGCCCCACUUAUGCACGGACGGAGGUGACGUUGAGAGUCAUGGAUGAAUGAAUGCUGAGGGCCUAUCUUACGCACGAACAGCAUGGGCCAGAACGAACUCGGUCCCAAGCUUAAGCACUCGAGCGUGGAAGCGAGAACGGCGCUCAAGGGAUGGUACCAAGGUGAGUGUCGUAGUGGGUCCACUCGGAGCCCGCCGGUCGUCGCGACCCACAAAUGUUGAAUGGCCGACAUUUGUCACCACGCUAACCCGUUCCUGCGUGACCUUUGGGCAGGGUCCUUCAUGUACACCGUAUUCGGCAAGUCUGUUGAAAGUGCAUGAAAUACAUCACCCCUGUAAACUCAGCCCUGACUUCAGUGGUCGUAAUGAACUUGAACAGGCCUCAACUACCUCCGAAUCGCCUCGGUCGUCGGCCCGCUCACACAAUUGGACAAGCUCAUCCUUGCCGUCCAAGCGAGCAUGCACCUCUUCACUUUGGCCGGAUUGACCCAGGUCCCUCCCCGUGUCUUGAGCGGCUUGUUGUUCUGCUUGCUCGGAGUCGGUGUGGUCCAACGCUAA